UGCCACCACUCACUCAUGUGCGUGAAAUCAAAACAAUACAAAAUGAGAAAUGAGAAUAGCCUGACCAAGAGAUAACUAACUAAACAGGCCAAGACAUGAAUGACAUACCGCCAAACUAGAGACAUCAGUCGUUCUUUGACUCAAGUUGAAUAUAGUAGGUAGGCGCUGAACACCGACACCAGCAUGAGACUAUUAGGGCACUAGUUUUUUCGGUGGACCAGCGUUUUUUAGUUAGUUAAAUGUGCAAAAAUUAUGAUUUUUGGAAUAUUGUGAUUAUGGUAGUUCGAGCAACGAGGCAUUGUGUUUUUGUUUGUCUGAAAAGCAAACAUUUCAAGCACAAGUACUUCAAACCAUUUCCCAUACUCUACAUCACCUGUCUUCUAGUGAUGCCUCCAAAUCUAGUCUACGUUAUUUUGACGUUAUCCGUUAUUUUAAUUCUAUGUCCUCAAGUGAGUGUUGCUGCCGGUACAUGGGUGUGUAAAGGUUGUAGAAACAAUGCUGAAUGUGAUAAAAAACCUGAGGAUUUCUGCCCAUAUGGAGAAGUCCGAGACGCUUGCAAUAGACGAGUGUGUGCCAAGGGUCCAGGUGAGAGGUGCGGAGGGUUCAUGAACGUUCUGGGCCAGUGCGGGGAGAGUAUGAUGUGCAAGUCUGACGAAAGAUGUCACGGCUGCUUCCUCGAGACCAUGGAGUGCUACAACGAAAUCUGAUGGACUUAAAUGUGAUCUCAAUGUUUCAUGAAUCAGUAUUAGCCGACGGUUCCGACCAUCUCCCAUUGACGAAUCAAAGAUUUUUAAAUUAGUUUGUUCUGUGACUAGGAUAUAUUGCCGAAUGUAUCUGUAUUUAUAUGUAAAUUAUUUAGGAUCUCCUAUUACGAAUGAUGCGACUAAUAUACGAAGUUCGACUCUUUGUACAUUUGAAACA